AUGGCUACAAAAGAGGAAGACAAGAUCGGAAGAUUUGGACUAGGGAACCGAAAUAAAAAUGGCAAUCGUCUCGCCGGGCUGUUGUCGCCUCCAUCAUGGGAACUCUCUUCUCAUGAAGAAAGAUCAUCGUCGGUCUCAGUAGUACCAUCCUUUUGUAUUGGUUCUGAUCAUCGUCUCCUUCGUGCGAAAAUACGACUUAGCCACACAACGGAAAAGAACAUCUGCUAUCGGCAACGAAGGAGAAAAGAAGUCGUCUACGACUGCCUAUUAGAGGAUUCCUUGCCCCAAGGUGACUGGCACAUCGAGGAGGACCUAAACGUAGACUACGAGAUUCUGCUCGGAGGAUUACGAGCCUGUGCUGAACGUACCUCGAAGCCGCGCACGACAAACUUGGAUCGAAUUUCGAAGACCACCAAGGAAUUUUUGGAACGAAGAAGGACUUGGAGGCUAGAUCCAAAUACAUCGCACAUUGAGCGCAACACAAAGGAGAACGAGACUAUAGAUGUGCCGCAGAGACCUCCGCGACUACAAUAUUCCGAUAGCAGCCCUGCUGAGCGAAGACGCCUGAUCAUCCCCACUGGUGAAGCCCCACCACAGAUUCUCCCUUCGGAAGUACGAGUCGCUAUCAAGAGCAUGAAACCUGGCACAGCCCCCAGACCUGAUUUUACAUCAGCAGACUUUCUUCGGGCUGGUGGCCAUCCACGUCAUGUGAUCUUAGCAGCGCACAUGACAUCCUACCUUCAAAAAGAAAGUAUCCCAGACCAGUGGAAAACCUCACGAAUAGUUCUUAUCCAUAAGAAAGAUGACCGAGAGGACCUUCGGAACUACCGUCCGAUAUGCUUGCUGAGCGUGUUAUACAAAGUUUUCACCGAGAUCAUCCUCAUGCGCAUAUCCAGGACACUGGAUGAAGCCCAGCCUCAAGAACGAUCUGGAUUCCGUCAGGAGUUCGGCUGCUUGGACCACAUCUAG